AUGCGUCUCAUCCACACCAAAACCUUCCAGCUAGAGGAAUUCUACGGCCAGCCUCCAGAAUAUGCCAUUUUAUCACACACAUGGGGUCCCGACGAGGCCACGUUCCAAGACUGGCAGGGCAACCUCGAGCUCAUGCAGCUCAAGAAGGGCCACCAGAAGAUCAGGCGUGUCUGCGAGCAGGCCAGAAAGGAUGGCCUCAUGUAUCUGUGGUGCGACACCAACUGCAUCGACAAGAGCAGCUCUUCAGAGGUCUCUGAGGCUCUCAACGCCAUGUUCUCGUGGUAUAAGAACGCCUCGGUUUGCUAUGUGUAUCUGAGCGAUGUCCCUGCUCUUGAUACCGGUGCUUUUGAUCCCAUGCAGCCUUUCAGAUCGUCAAGAUGGUUUACCAGAGGAUGGACUCUGCCUGAGCUUCUCGCACCCACCUCUGUGGUGUUCUUCGCUAAGGACUGGACAACCCUCGGAACAAGACAAUCUCUCGCCAACACGAUAUCCUUUGUCACCAAGAUCGAUCAACAAUACCUCGACUGCACCUUUUUCAAAGCCAGCAUCGGUGAGCGCAUGUCCUGGUUAUCCAAGAGAGAGACUACCAGGGUUGAGGACAUCGCCUACUGUAUGCUUGGUAUCUUCGACAUCAACAUGCAGAUCGUUUAUGGAGAGGGAAUGAGGGCGUUCAUCCGGCUGCAGGAGGAGAUCAUCCGAGUUUCCAACGACCAGACACUCUUCUGCUGGGCCUGGGACGACCGCUACGUUCCCAACGACUGGGCCAGUAUUCUAUCCCCAUCGCCCAAAACAUUUGCCGACUCAAGCAUGUACACAGAGUGGCCUGUCCACGAAGCCAAGACUUACACCAUGACGAACGCUGGACUAUCCAUCAAGCUGCCCAUCAUGAACACCAUCACGGAAUCCGUCGAGCAGUGGCUAGUCCUUCUCAACGCCCGACGAGACUCAGAGAACCAGCAGGUCGCUCUUCUUCUCAACAGAUUACCUGGAAAAGACCGCUGCACUCGCAACAGAACACCGCCGUGUCCGGUGCCCGUGCUGACAGGAUCUACAAAACUCCGAGAGGAGAGCAUGUUCAUUGCCGGCAGUAGAGAACGUGCCUCCAUCCAACCCGAAUUCUACAGCCAUGGCGCCUACGAAGUUCUCGUUACACUCGACAGUGGAGCUAUUCCCUACGACAGCAUCACCUCAUACCCCAGAUUAGACUCAGGAACCAUAAGUCUAAGAUCCUGGGACCAAGCUGGUCACUACGGAUGCGUCCUGGCCAUCCAAGGCAUGCAAAACAUAAAAAAGAACGAGAAGCGCGCCUCUGUCUUCAUCGCCACUCUUGUCUUUGGUGUCGAGAUCCAGGGGUCCAAGGUGGAGUGGUUCUGCAAGAUCCGCAGCAUCAAAGAGUCUUCCGGUCUAGCUAGCGAGAGCACCCUCGAAGAAGUGGUAUACGAGGAGGAGCAAGACAUCCGCUCCCAAGUAUCGCGAACAGGCCACUGGAAGGCAAUCUUUGACCAAGAAAAGGAGACCACCUCAGACACUGUGAGAAAACACGAGAUUGAUCUGUUGACUUCGGUGUCGAUGAGCGAGGGUGUGAGGAUAUCUAAUGCGUCCAUGAUGGCGGUGGCACAUCUUCAGUUGGCUCAUAUUGUGAGACCAGCUGAGGUGGCGCCUUGGGAUGACGGCGGACAAAAGUUUAGAACUGCGGAUGGAGCGAAGGAUUUGUCCAGAUGGUUGAGUGCCCUAGAGUAA